AUGGCAAACGCCGCCAGAAGCCGCUCCCACAUCGGCCCUUCCUGCGGCACCAGCCCCAGUCAGCUCCAGUGCCUGGUGGGCUGCGCUGCAGUGCAAGACUCGAUCGGCUCCACCGCCCGGAGUCCGUCCCGCGGCACCACCUGCAGUGCCCGCUGUGUCUGGCCGGGACCGGAGCGGCAGCGGCGCGUUGGGGUCAUUCCGGAGCAGCGGCUGCACUCGGAGCCCGGCGAGGCGGCGGCGGAGCUCGGAGGCGGCUCCAGCCCAGGGUGCCAUCAGCGCGGCUGGAAAGCUGUUCCCGAGGCCGAGCUCCCAAAGGAUCUGCCAGCAGCACUCCUGAUGUCUCCGCAGCAAGGUGCUGUUUGUUCUGGGCAGAGAGAUGGCGCCUGUGAGCAGGAGGAGAGUGAAUUCUGCUCCAUUCCUGGAGCUGAGAAUGAGCCCCAGCAUCUCCAGGAGGGACCAGCAGCCGCGGUUCCACACUUGCCUGGGGCCCAAGAAGCCUCUUGGCAUAAGCAGGGGGAUGCCACUUGUGAGCGUGCAGUGAGUGCAGAUGUGGAGAAUGGAUUCUGCACCAGUGAUGGGAGUGUGAGGGAGCCCCUGGCUCCCCAGGGCACAGCAGCAACUGUCAAUGAACACAGAAGGAACCUCAGAAGACUCCUGGGUGAACGGUUCAGGUGCCAUCCCGUGGGCACGGCGGUGCUGAUUCUGCUGGUGCUGGUGCUGGCUUUGGGGGUGGCCUUGGCUGUGCAGUCAGCACCACAGGUUCCAGUCACACCUGCGACUCCGCUGUUGGUUCUGGGCUGUCCCCAUGGCUGGGUUGGGUACAAGGGUGUCUGCUACUACUUCUCACGGGAUUACAGCACGUGGGAGCAGGGUCAGGAACGGUGCUCCGAGCUCGGGGCCUCCCUGGCCAUUGCCAAGGAUGAGGAGGCCAUGGAUUUGCUCUUCCGCUUCUGCCACAAUGUCGGUUACUGGCUCGGGCUGCGCAGACGGGGCGAGCGCCUGCAGUGGGGGGACGGCAGCAGCUACAGCUCCCGGGUUCCUGUCUCUGGCAAUUCCGAGUGUGUGUACCUGGCUGAGAGGAGAUUGAGGAGUGACAACUGCUCCAAUGAGCGGCCGUAUCUCUGCAGCAAGGCCCAAGCUCCCCUGUAACAGGGGCUGCACAAAGGACCUUCUCCACACUGGGCAGUGCCAGCUUCACCUCUGAGCCCAGCACAGCGCUGUCCUUCCUCAGCUGCGCCCUGUGCCUUGCACUUCCUCUCAGGGUCACCUCAGUGCCUCUCCAUCCCCAGUGCCAGCGCUGGGCUGGGGCUGCAAAGGAAAAGUCUCUGCAAUCCAUCCUGCCACCGAUGCUGCCUGCAGUGAGUGCAUUGCCCUCAUGACAUAACAUGUUGAAUGGGAAAUCCAAAUCGGCCUGGGCCCUUGGGAAUCAUCACAAUGUGGCCAGAAUGGGACACUUUUAGACUGUCUUUGGAAGAGAAAGAAGGACAGCUGACACGUUCCGAGCAGGAAUCCCAUUUUCAGCAUCAGGCACCUGAUGGAGUGGUCUGUCUGUCCUAGGUUGACUAUAUGAUGCUUUUAGCCCCAGUCAUUUUGUUCUGUUUAUGCUGAAUGAGUUUUGCCUCUUUAAGACGUGUUCCAGAGUGUGAAGAGGGAGAGAAGACGCAUGCUGUUUGUUUUCAGACACUGCUCUCACUCCUCCACAUUGCUGCUCCUGGAAUGUAUUGUCUGUGGAUGGACAGACAACAGGACUGAGCUCUCCUUUGCUUUUAGUUAGAUGGGAGAUUCAGUGAGCUGAUCUGCAACCUGGGGGGGAACAUUCUCUUUUGGAGCAGCAAGGGGUUUAUUGUUUAAUAAAUAUUUUUUUUCCAAUUUUCUCCAAGGAGGUAUUUUCUCCCAGACCGGUUGCAGGGAGGGGCCAAAUGAAUCUGCUUUCCUAGAGGAGCCCAAAUUUGCCCUGAACCAGGACACUGUCACAAAGGAUCUGACUGUCCUCCUGUGGGAGGAAUCCCAGGCUGGAGCUGUGUAGGGGGAUAGAAUACACAAAAAUAAAGAUGGUGUAGAAAGUAAUCUUACCCCUGAAGGAGUUGCAGCUGGGCCAAUUAGCAAAGAUUAGGAACAGGCCUGAUUUUAACAGGCCACAGCUGUAACCAAUGAGAAGAAGAGUGCUAUGAAAGAGUGGGCUGGCUGGUUGGGAAGGGAACUGGAGUCAGUUGGCUGCUUUGUGAAGAAUGAAGAGUCAGUGCUCUGAGGAGCUGCCCAGGAGAAAACACCAAGAAAAUGUGAAACUUCUGCAAUAAGGAGACAACAGUAUGGAACCCCUGUGAUAAGAUUACAACAGAGCAGGACAAGGAUUUGUCUCCCUGAGGGGGAAGCAGUGACAUGAUGUGACUGUAACCCCCAUACCUCUGUGUCACUGUGUGGGGAGGAGGGAGGGAGGGAACUGUGGAUAAAGUGAAGCCCAGGAAGGAGAGAACAGUGUGGAGAAGGUGCAUUUUAAGGAUUUGGCAGCCUACUCACUCCCUUGCUGUGAUUUCUUUCAUAAUACAUUCAAUUGAAAUUAAUGUCCCCACUCCAGACUUCUUAUGCCCAUGUUGGGUGAGAGAUCUCUGGCUGCCUUUCUUGAGAGCCCCGAGCCUUUCCUGCUGUGUUCUGUUGCCUGCCCAGGGGCAGGAGCAGAGGCUCAGAGCUGGCCCCGGGCACCUGGCCCAGCCCAGCCCAGGAAUCCCUGCCAGCAUUCCCUGCACCAUUACCCGGCCCCACGGCGGCUGCGGCUCCGCGGGCAGGCGGCUCCAGGAGUUCAGAGUGGGCAAAAUGGGAGCGAGGGACAGGAGGCAGCUGGUGCCAGUGGGGGAAAUGGCUUUGCUGGAGCUGGCAGGGAGAGGAGGAGGCAGAAAGUGGAGCAAAGUAAAGGGGAGAGAAAGAGGGACAAGGUGGUGGGGAUGGCCAUGGGGCAGGUGGGCAUUUUGCUUUCCAGCCCUGUGGGAGGAAAGGAAGAACUGUCAAAUGCAUGCAGGAAAAGAGGGGAGAAAUAGCAGGUGGUGGAAAUCUCUGACAAUUGAGAUUCAUUGUAUCUGCCUGAACUGCAAAAGCCAACAGUCUGAGCACCACCAGUGCUGUGAUGUGCCUUGCCCUGCCCCUGCCCUGGCUGCAGCAGCCGCCUGUUGGGACGGGCCCUGCUCUCUAAAGGAGCUGCACCCAGGGACCAUUGGGGCAGUGCUGGGUAAGAAGUGAGGAAUGGGAAAGGGUGGGAACUGUGAAGGGAAAAAAUUAGGGGAAGGGAAAAUUAACCAGUUAAACAACUCCAGAAUACACUUGGACAGAAAUCCAUUGAAAGGGAACCACACACCACUUGUCUGCCCUAAUUAAUUCCAUCGGGCUUCCUUCACUAAAAACACUCUCAGAAUUAAAAGAGGAGAUGCCUGGUGUGUUACCUCAAAGCAGUGGAAGAGGCAGCAUGGAAAUGCUUCUUCUGCCAUGGCAAACUCUCCUGGGAGCACUCCCAGAGCCUUGCAGGGCUCCACUGGGAAGCUGCUGAACAAAUGGAAAGAGUUGGGAUGAGCAGAGCCCCAGAGAAAUCCCAGCCCCACUGAUGGAAAAGUCAGAUUAUCCAAGCAGCAACAGCAGCUGGAGUGUUUGCAAAAGAGCAGCUUUGUUCUGAACCUCAGCUCAGGAGUUCUCCUCAUCACUAAGGGAGUCCCUCCAUCUGUUUGGCCCUUUUCUAUAGCACAGGCCACACAGCAGUUCAAUGUGAUCAUGUUCUUCAACUCAAUUAUGUUUUAAAGUAUCUAAACUUGAUCUAGCUACUCAUCAGUGGAGAAUUUUAUGUAUUUUCAGUGUAAAUUACCUUUCCUGGUCAAACACCAACCCUUCCCAAGGUUCAAGUACCUCUGUUUUCCACCACUAACUGCUCAUUAUUCUUGUCUCAAUUGAAAACCUCUGUUAACCCCAUUUUUCCACCACAGAUCUGUCUGAGUCUCUCACCUCUCAGCAGUCCAAAUUCCUUGAAAUUUAGCAGAACCUUCUUCACACUUCCCAGCUCUUGCUGUCCAU